AUGGAUGAAGAAAGAAUAAAAGACGUUGAGGCGGGCAGGGAAAUGUUAACGGCAUAUCAGAAACAAAAAUCACCGCGUUCAAAACAACAAUCAUCUAGUGAAAAUUCACAAAGUGAUUUUUCAUUUUCCGUAUCAGUUACACCACCAAUUUUACCAGAAUUUAAUAAUAACAAAGAAAUCGAACCGGAUAAAGAUGAUACCGAUCGAAGUAUAUCAAUAUCAGAAAUAAUCGAAGGCGAUAAUUUAAGUAAUAGUGAAAAUGAUCGCUCGUUAAAUGAAAUCGAAAUUCUAAAUGUGUCAGGAGAUGAUAAAAAAACGGAGUUACAAAAUGUACAAAAUUUAUUUAAUACAGCAUCUAGUGAGGCAAUGAAAUCGGAACCAUGCAGUUUAGUAUCAAAAGAUUUAAAUUGUUCACCACGUAAAUUAAGUAAAUCGUUAAAUUCGACUAUAGUUAUUGAAGAUAUAAUUACGGACAAUAUGACUGAAAAACAAAAUAAAAUACAGGAUGUUCUAGACGAAAUCUUGAAAAAAGACGACUGUUUUGAUAAUUUGUUAAUAAAUGAUUUUGAAUCAAUUACUUUAGAACAAUCUUUUUCCAAAAUUAAAGACUUACAAGAAUUACUUUCAAAUAAAGAUGAUAUUAUUCGAACGUUAACAAUAGAAUUAGAAACUUUACGAACACAAUUCGAAAAUUUUUCGACGUUAAGUUCAAACACAACAACGACUGAAUAUAAGGCAUUAGCUGAAGAAUAUUUAUUAAAGAGAGAUACAGAAUUAAUUCGACGUGAAUUAGAGGAAGCAAAAAAAGUAGAAAUAAAAAAAAUUAAAAAUGAUUAUGAAGACCGUGUUGAAGAUAUUAUGAAAAAUAAUGAUUCAAUUCUACACACUUUGGAAGAAAAAUAUGUAGAGCAAAUUGAUAGCUUAAAAAAUGAGGUGGCAUCACUAAAAGCUGAUAUUGACACCAAAAAUCAAUCGGCUAGUGCAAGUACGAGUGAAGAAGAGCUUGCUGAAGUUGUAUUAAGCUAUGAAAGACGGUUACACGAUCAAGUCGAACUUGCUAAACAUGAUUUAUAUGCAGCUCUUGAAUUUCAAAUUCAGAAAUUACUUGAUAAUAAUGGUGAAGAAGUAACGGAUUGUCCAAAUGAAUUUUUACAAUUACAACAACACGCCAUGGAAAUAGCAAAAUUAAAAGAGGAACAUGAACGUUUUAUUGUACGAUCAGUGGAACGACAAAAUCGUCGAAGUAAAACAGAUCUAGAAUUGGAAACUGAAACUGCAAGUAUUAAAGGAGAAAUACAUAAUCUAAAAGAUAUGAAUAAUUUACAACGGCAAAUAAUCAAAGAACUGAUCCAAUAUUUUUCAAAAUGCGAAGACGAAUUAAAUAACAUAGUAAUAGAUGAAAUAUUAAAAGAAACUUUUGGUAAUGCUGAAAUGUCAAAAUAUAAUGAACCAACACAAAAUAUGGAUGAUUCCCUUGAAAAUAUAUCACCGUGUGAUAGUUUAAAUGAAUCUCAACUAACCAAAUUUAAAAAGGUACAUUUUACACCAAAUAUUUCAAAUAUUAUUACCAUGCUUGAUGCCGACGGUUUGUUACCAAAUUAUGAAAAUAUGAACGAAUUAUCAUUUGAAAUCCAAAACGAACUAGAAAGUUGUUUAAAACGACUGAAAAAUGAAGCAGUUGAAUUAUUAACGUUAACAAUGAAUCAUAAAUCAAAUAGAUUAUCAUCAAAUACGUCAAUUUUAAAUGAAACUAAUGAGAAAAACGAAGAUACGUCUAUUGCAGAAAAUCAAAAUAUAGUAAAACCACAGAUAAUACCACAUACUAACAAAGAUUUAGAAGAACAAAUUAAUGAGUCGAAAAAAAUAAUCAAUAAUUUACAAUUGGAAAAAACAACGUUAGAAACACAACUUACGGAAAUGAUUGAAAAACAAGCAAAAUUAAUAGAUGAUUUAGAAAGAGCAAAAAGAAAAAUUCAUGAAUUAGUUAGUGAAAAUCAUCAAAAAGAAAUUGUUUCAGAAGGUUAUGGUGAAAGCCAUGUAUCAACUUUACCCCCAUUAGAAUCACCGCGUGAAUCAUUUUCACAAGCUGUUGAACUUGCAAGAAAUGUGCUUGGAGAAGAUGGCGAAGGUACUGAUCAUACUGAAAUGUUAGCGAUAAUUGAGUCACUAUGCCGGGCUGGUUUACGAGCUAUGGAAGAUUCACGUAAAGAAAUACACGAUUUACAAUUACAGGUAAUUCUUCAAAUCAUUCAAAGCAUUUGCGCACAAAAGGUGGAUUCAGCCGAUAAAAAAUUACGUGAUACUGUACAAUUUCUUGAAGUACAGGCAAAUGAACGGGAAAUGGAGCGAGAUGAAACUCAACGUGAAUUAACCGAGCUAAAAGUACAAUUAGCUCAACGAGAACGAGAAUGUGCAGCUACUCAUCAUAUUGCACAAGAGUGUGUAAAUAAGGAUAUUAUCCAAAAUAUCGAACAAUUAGAGCAAAAAAUGCGUGACAUGACAACUUUGAUGGAAGACUCAGAAGCUAAAAAACAAGAAACCGAAAAAGAAUUAAAAGAAGCUGUUGACAAAGUUUGGUUGCUUCGUGAUAUUAUACGCGAUUUAGAAUCACAGUUAGAAGUGAAAGUUCAAACAGAAUUACAAUUACAAAACGAAAUUGAAGAAUUACAAAAGGUUGUUAAACAAGAGCAUAAAAAUAAAGAGGAAUUAGCACUUGAAUUGCAUUCUAUGAAAUCAUUACCAGAUAGUCAGCAAUUAUUGGACCAUGCCGAUCAUUUGGAAAAAGAAUUAGCGGAAUUUAAAAGUUUUGGUACGAUUGAAUCAUUACAUCAAAUGCAAGAACAAAUUGAAGAAAUCGAGCAAUUAGUUUAUAAACGAACCAAAGAUUUAGAAUUUUUACAUGCAUUUGUUUCGCCAACCAGUUGUAGUUCACCAUCAGAGGAUAUUUCAGCCACAGACAUUGUACGGAAAGAUAAAAAGCCAAACCAAAUUUCUUGCGAACCUUUAGAAUCUGCACGACGAUUAAAAAAUGCACUCGAAAAGUACACACGAGCUGAAAGUGCGGCAGUGAAACGUAUCAAAGAUUUAGAAAUGCAAAUUAGUAAUAUCAAUCAAAAAUAUCAGGAUUUACAAGUGGAACGUGAUGUCCUACAAGAUCGUCUCUCAGAUCAAUUAACAGAGAUCUCAACAUUACAAAUGCGUUUAGAUGAACAACGUCAUUUAGUUCAAACAAUCACAAAAGAAUCAAAUAAAUCAUUAGAGAAUGAAUUAUUUGAACUAAAGAAUCAAAAUCAUGAAAAUGCAAUUUUAAAACAUAAACUCGAAAAAGAAACAAAAAGUAUUAAAGCUUUGCCUGAAUUAAUGGACACUUUGUUAGCGGAUAAAAAUUCAGAAGUUGAUUUGCUUAAAUCUCAAUUGGAUGAAAAAGAGAAAUUGAUUCAACAGCUAAGUCAAAGUUUCAAAGAUCACAGUGAUGGUAAAAAUAGUGCACGUACCUUAAGUGAUAUUGUUUCAAUAUCAGAAUUCGAUGAAGCUGCAGAUAUGUUACGCAAAGAUGAUAAUACGUUAGCGCAUAGUAUUCAUUCGUUAGAUCAUUUGUUUAAACCGAACACAACCGAAGAUAUUACUCAUGGUUUUCCGAAUAAUCUAUUAAUUAGUGAUAUUCCACCACAAGAUAUUGAGGAUUUAAGUAAUCAUUCAACAAAAUCAAGUUCGGAAAAACGUGUGCACUUUUCUGAACAAAAUAUAAUUGCGAAUUUAAAAGAGGAAAUUUUACAAUUAAGAACGGAUUUAGCAACGAAAAUAAGUGAACAGAAUCAAAUAAUUGAAAAUGAUUUGAUUAUGAAAACUCAACAGUUAGAAAUGUCGUUGAUUUCGAAACAAAAAGAAUUGGAUGAUUUUAAAGUGAUGUUACAGGAUUUAGAAAUUAAAUAUGAAGCGAAAGUGAAUGAAUUAGAACAAGUAAAUACCGAAUUAAAAACAAUAAAAGAACAACUCGAAACGGAGAAAGAACAUAGUUUAAAAUUCUCGAAAAAUUUAGAAAACAAAAUUGUACAAUGUGAUAGUUUAACAGAAGAUGUUUCAAGUUUAAAAGAACAUAUUCAAAGUUUACAAACAACAAUCGGACAGCAUGAAACAGCUUUACAGAAACAAAACGAAGAAAUCCAAACAAAUUUAAUUAAAAUUAAACAAUUAGAAGAGAAAUUAAUAGAUCGUGAAUGUGAAAUUGAAAUAUUAAAUGAGGAUGCAAACAAGUAUCAUGAAGAUAUUUCAUCGUUACAAGUCCAAGUUCGUGAUAACCAAACUGUUUGCGAUCAAUUAAAUAAAAAUAUUAAAGAGAAAGACGUAUAUUUAUUAAAAAAAGACAAUGAAAUAAAUGAAUUACAAAAAGAGAUAGUGCAUUUACAAGAUUACUUAAAAGAAAAGGAUAAAAUUAUACAUCAAGUUACUGAAGAUAGUAAUACGUUAAAAAUCUCCUUAGAAGCGAUACAGAAAAAAUUGAAAGAAACCGGUAAUGUGAUUGAUUCUAUGCAAAAAUUAAAAGAGGAACAACGUGUUUCGGCUCAAUUACGUGAAGAAAUUGAAUUGUUAAAAAGUGAAAUUAAUCGUUUGGAGGAUGUAAAUCCAAGAACACAGGAGUUUAUUGAAUGGGAAGAUAUUACUGGACAAGUUCAACAAGAAUUAGAUUAUUCGGCACAAUUGGAUUCAAAUAUAUUGAAUGCGAUUGAAAAUCGAAAAAUUGGAACGUCAUCACAAUCGAGCACACCCAAAAAAGAACGUUUACAAAAGGUCACAAAUUUUAACAUUGAAGUUCCUCCCUUAAAUACACAAUCUGAAGAGUAUGAAAAAUUAAAAAGUGAAUAUCUUAAACUACAAACAGAUAACGUUAAUCUAACCGAACAUUUAAAAAACGUUAAAUGUUGCAAUCAAGAAUUAUUAGUAUUGAAAGAUUCUUUGAUCGAAGAAUUAGAUGAAAUUCGUAAACAAUUAGUAGGAGAAAAAGAUAAUUGUGUACGCUUACAAAAACUGCUUGAGGAAGAGAAAACCAAUUCGAAUGAUAUACAAAUUCAGGAUGCGAAUAUUAUCGAACAAAUGCGAUUACGUUUGGAAACAGCACUAGAUAAUGAAAUUGAAUUAGAUAAAGCCAUUGAGAAUGAGAAAAACAUGCGUGGUGAGUUAGAAGAACGUUUAAAAGAAGUACAAGAUCGUUUAGAAUCCGCAUUAACAUCCACGAUUAUGCAAGAAAACGUUUAUAAAACAGAUAAUGAAAAAUUAUCAAAUUUAACGAUCGAAUUACAAAAUAAAUGUGAAGAACUUAAAAUACUUGUGGCUCAAAAAGAUGAAGAAAUUGCAGAAUUAAGGACGAAAAUAAAUGAUAUAAAACAAAGUUAUGACAAAACUAUUUCUACGCUAGAAAAUGAAAUUUCAUCAUGGAAAGCGAAAUUUAAUUCCAUGAUUCAAGAUUUUAACGAAUUAAAAAAGGAUAAAACGGAUUCUAUUGCGAUUGAAAAUAUGCAUAAAUUGGAUCAAGUUGUAGCUGAAAACGUAAAGCUAAAAAUUGAACGGGCUGAAUAUAAGAAUCGAAUAUCGGAGUUAGUUAAUCAACUUGGAAAAUCCAAUGAGAUGGCUAAAUUGAAAGAACAAGAAUGGAAAGACUUAAAAAAAGAUAAUGAAACCCAAGCAAAAUUAUCUACGGAAUCAAAACGUAGUAAAUUUGAUCUAAAAGAUUAUGCGAAACAUAUGGCAGAAUUAGAACAAGAAAAUAAAUUAGUAUCGUUGCAAGUUGAAGAAUUGAAAAAAGAUUUACAAUUGCAACGAGAGUUAGAAAAACGUUUAACUGAUUUGUUAGCGAGAGAGCGGGAAGAACAAUUAAAAUCACCUGUUCCGGCUAAAUUUUUAGAAAAAUUAAAUGAUUUAAAAUCAGUUUUGGAUACACAUGUCGAAGAAAAUAAGCAAAUGACUGAAACAUUAAAUAAACUAACGGAAGAGCGUCAAAUGUUGCAACAGCGAAUAAAACAGCUUGAAAGUCAACAAACAAAAAUGGAUGUUGAAUUUAAUAUUUUAUUUGGAAAAUACUUACGUGUUGAAAGUUUUCGUAAAGCAUUAGCAUGGCAAAAACAAUAUUUAUUAGCGAUUGUAUACAGCUACGAGACCGGUAAACCAAGUUGUUUAGUCUUACCAACAAGUAGCCAUCAGCAAAGAACGCCAUCAUCAAGAAGAAAAUCGUUUAAAUUAAUUGCUACUGUUGUACUUUGUAUAUUUCGUAUGAAAUUUAUGGUACGACGGUGGAGUACUGGUGUUCGAUUAAAUAGCCGUGCAUGGGGUCGUCAAAAUAAUAUUGGCUUUGGUGGCACGACUGCAAAUAAAACGGAAAAUGUUCCAGUGAUUAAUAUGCCUUAUCAUCAUUUUGGACAAGGCGAUGCAACUAGUAAUAUUCCAUUCAUUCCACAUAAUGUUCCAAUGUUUGCUGUAGCAGAAAAUCGAACUCCAAUAAGAACUCCAACGAGGCUUCCAACAAAUAUGCCUAAAUGGAGUGGCGAUACACCACCUCAACGAGAUCUUACUAAGCAUACGAUUCCUUCCCACAAUUUUCCACACAGUUCUUCAGUUCAAGCACCAUUAUUUAGUCAAUAUAUGCAACGAUUUGAUCAAAUUCAACAACGAUUAGGUUUAGGAUUAUCACAAGGUCUACCCCCACCAUAAUAUCUAUUAAAAUAAACGUUUAAACCAGUAUUAAGAUAAAAUUUUCGUACCAAAAUUGAAUUGCAGGGAAUAUUAGCGAAUUGUUUCAGUGGGUAUUUUUAUUCGUCACAAGCAUUAGCUAAAUAGAUUUUACCAUUCAGAUAUUGGAUAUUGAUCCGGUAAGAAAUAGUAA